UCACUCACUGUCAUCCAUUUUACUCUCUGGGGGCUGAAAUCCCUCUAGAGAUCCUGUGGAGGAACUCAGAUCAGUGGAGUUGGUGUGUUUUAAUGCAGAGCAGCCGACCCAUUGGGAUCCGGUCCUUGUUUUCUGACCAUCCCGGGGGUUGGGAAACUGCUGGAAAGUUCAGACAGACACACUCCCUCACGCUACGCACGGCAGGCAGCUCAGAGAUGAAGGGUUUUGUCUGCACCACAGGCAGAAAAGGAUUGCUCACAACUUGCCAAGAAGGAUGUUUUUCAUAUGUCGCUCACGGCCUCUCAGGGACUCUAUGACAAACAUGUGUUUGCUUGUUCCAAAGCAAACAGUGGAAUGGCUGUUUUAGCUGUCGCUCACCCUCACGUCGGACAGGUAGAAGAAGAAAGUAGAGGGGAGAAUGCAACCAGCCAGCCACCAUCCAGCCUUUUGCGGUGCUGCUGCUGAAUGCUGAGUAUAAGGCUGCAGGGUUAUGGAGGUGGCACAGAGGCUUUGCUCAGGCUUGUUUGAAGUUUUUUUCCCAUGUCAAAGGUAAAGGAUUACCCGGGGGGUUGGAAUGCAGCCUGGAAGUGAAGGUCUCAGAGAGCUACCCUAAACACCACCACACCGGGGAGAGGAGUGUGAGAUUAUGUUUGCUUUGCGACUGUGUGUAUGUAGGUGUGUGCGUGUAAGUUAGGCUAGUUUGUGCAUGCCUGUGUGUGUGGGGGAGUUCAGAGUAGUGCCAUGCUACUGCUGAGCAGUCGGGCUACGGAGCAGGCUAUCCCCGGGGCCACAAGCAAAGCUGUAACAUCCCACCAGUCAGGAGGAGGUAGGACCACGGUGUAUCACAUCUCUGUCAUCCUGAAUGGAACUUUGGGGCAUGAGGAGGUGGGUGAGGGGGUGGGGGUGAGGGAGGGACUGGCCGCCAGACACGCCUCCCUGGAGCAGAGUCAUCCGGCAGCCAGGAGCACCAGGGCACGGCCACAGGCGCUGCAGGGGAAGGAGGGACACUUCAGGCUUGGCAGGUGGCCCUCCCUGAGCCGUACAGGCAGAGUGGGGGGGAGGAGGGAGGAGGCAGUGCAGGAGGAGGAGGAGGAGGGAAGAAAAAUGAAGACGGACCGGUUUCUCCAACUCCAACAGUUCUCUAGUAACUCAACAGCUCCAGCAGCAGCCCAUCCUUCUCAGAUUGACUGGGAGACUGCAGCGGUAGGAGUAGAGGUAAAGGCAGCUACAGCAGCUCUAGAGCAACAGAAGACCAAGGUAGAGACCCAGGGACAGGACGUUUCUCCCCAGACUGAAGGGCCUCUCCCUGGGAAUCAUGGUGGUGUCCCUGCCGGUGGUGUUCUGGCCGGUGGUGGCUCUCCACCCCGGGCUGUGCUCCGCAGGAGGCCAUCCCAGGACGGUGCUGCUCCACACAACAGGAGGGCGGUGAGCAUGUAUGGAGCCGCAGCCAGGCAGCAUCAAGGCUCGCUAAGCCGCCAGGACAGACAGGACAGGCCCAGGAGUGUGUGCAUGCUCGCAGGCCCCAACCUCAACCCUACCCUAUCAGAGCCCGGGUCCCACUCCCAACAGACCUCCAGGAGGGGGGCUACAAGGUCUCUGGACGGUCCCCCACAGCAGCGCUGGACCAGGAGGGCAGAGCUGCGGGCGGUGGACGGUCUUAAGCCAGGGGUGCUCCCUCAGUGGACGGUGGCGGGGGCUGAGGAGAAGGUGGUCCCCAGGGUCCGGCAGCAGACCUGGAAACCGAGACCGGUCAGCAUGACUGUGUUGGAGCUGAGGAAGAAGGCCUCGGGGUCUCAGGAGGGGCUGGACAGCCAAGGAGGAAGCCAGGGGGGAGGUGUAUUUGGCCGCUGGAGGCUGUUCGGCCGACCAGCUCAGGACAAGGAGAAGGAGGAAGCCCCAGACCCAGGCUCCAAGCCCAGCAGCAAGCCAGAUGCCCCCAAGAAGACCCUGAGCUCCUUACGCCGGAGCCUCAGUCUGCGGAUCAAGAGGAACCGGCCGCGGGAGAGAGUGGACAUUUCUGAGUUGACAUCAGAGGAACGCUCACGCACUACAAGUAUGGAGCAGGAGACAUCUCUCCCCUUGCGGCCCUUCUCCUAUCUGACUGGGAGGACCCUGCCACCUCCUUACGAGAGGGACGAUGAUGGAGGGAGGCAGUUCAUUCAGUACCACAGCCAGGGCAAGGUUAAGGUGAUGGAGGUGCCUCUCUACCCAGCCAAACUGUCCUCCUCUACUAAACCGGCCCAGGAGGAGCCCAGUCUAUGGCAGCUCAUAGCCAGACGCUUUAGGAGGAAGGAGCAGCAGCAACCGUCCAACGGUAAAUGUGAACUCCAGCCCCGACACCCGAGCAAAGAGACUGGCAAAUAUUCCCUGGGCAGGAUUAAAAAGCCUCAGUCAGUUGCAAUAGAGACUCUGGCAGACUGCAACAAAGUUCAAGACUCUUUCGUCAAUAGCCAGGAGUGGACAUUGAGUCGAUCAGUGCCAGAGCUCAAAGUGGGUAUUGUGGGUAAUCUGUCGAGUGGGAAGUCUGCCUUGGUCCACCGGUACCUGACAGGCACAUAUGUGCAGGAGGAAUCUCCUGAAGGUGGUCGGUUCAAGAAGGAGAUGGUUGUUGAUGGACAGAGCUACCUGCUGCUGAUCAGAGAUGAGGGAGGCCCCCCGGAGCUGCAGUUUGCAGCAUGGGUAGACGCUGUGGUGUUUGUCUUCAGUCUGGAGGAUGAGAUCAGUUUCCAGACAGUCUACAACUAUUUCCUGCGUCUGUCCAGCUACAGGAACACAGCAGAGGUCCCCAUGGUCCUGGUUGGGACGCAAGAUGCCAUCAGUGCUGCCAACCCCAGAGUGAUCGAUGACUCGCGGGCGAGGAAGCUGUCCAACGAUCUGAAGCGCUGCACCUACUACGAGACCUGCUCCACCUAUGGCCUCAAUGUGGAACGAGUCUUCCAGGAUGUUGCCCAGAAGGUGGUGGCUCUGAGGAAAAAGCAGCAGCUGUCUAUUGGUCCGUGCAAGUCCCUGCCCAACUCUCCCAGCCACUCAUCAGUCCCCAAUGCAUCCAUCCCCUCUGUGCAUAUUAACCAGUCGGCAAACGGCGGUGGUGUGUUCAGCGACUACUCCUCCUCUGUGCCCUCCACUCCCAGCAUUAGCCAGAGGGAGAUGCGUAUCGAGACCAUUGCUGCCUCCAACACGCCCACACCCAUCCGCAAGCAGUCCAAGCGCCGCUCCAACAUCUUCACUUCACGGAAAGCCAACAGUGAACAGGCAAAGAACACUGACAGUAAAACAGAUAGCAUAGGCAGUGGAAGGGCCAUACCCAUCAAACAGGGCAUCCUUCUGAAGAGAAGUGGGAAGUCCCUGAAUAAGGAGUGGAAGAAGAAAUACGUCACACUGUGUGACAACGGCCUUCUCACUUACCACCCCAGUUUACAUGACUACAUGCAGAAUGUGCACGGUAAAGAGAUUGACCUGUUGAGGACCACGGUCAAGGUGCCAGGGAAGCGACCACCCAGAGCGGUCACCGCCAUCGCCCCCACCGCCAGCCCCAAGACCAACGGGCUGACCAAGGACCGUAGCACCCUGCAGCUAGGAGUGGGCACUGCAGGUGCGCCCCACUCUAACAGUAGUACGUCCCUCCAGUCAGAGCAUUCGGUCGGCGGGGGAAAUCUGGUGGGCUAUGGGGGCAGUAAAGACGGCAUGCACCAACGCUCCUUCUCUGUGUCCAGCGCUGACCAAUGGAACGAGGCUGUCAUCAACACCAGUGCAAGCACCGGGACCGCCAAUGGGAUGGCCGAGCCCCUGACCUGCAGCUCUGGGGUGGGCAGUGCCACCAGUCCCAAGCAGGAGCUCCCCCCCUCGCCUCACGCCAACCGCAAGAGACACAGACGGAAAAAGAGCACAGGCAUCACCAAGCCAGACGGACCAUCUACAGGCAACGAAGAGUCUGAGGAGUCGUUUGAGUUCACCAUUGUGUCUCUGACGGGCCAGAUGUGGUACUUCGAAGCGUCUACAUUUGAGGAGAGAGAGCUGUGGGUCACAGCCAUUGAGAGCCAGAUUUUUGCCAGCCUGCAGUCCUGUGAGAGCAUGAAGAACAAGUCCCGGUUAGGCAGCCAAAGUGACGCGGCAUCCAUUCAGUCCAUAAGGAACGUGAGAGGGAACAGCUUCUGUGUGGACUGUGAUACAGCCAACCCUGACUGGGCCAGUCUGAACCUGGGGGCUCUGAUCUGUAUAGAGUGCUCAGGGAUCCACAGGAACCUGGGGACCCACCUGUCGAGGGUGAGGUCUCUGGACCUGGAUGACUGGCCUGUGGAGCUCAGCAUGGUGCUGAUGGCUAUAGGCAACACCAUGGCCAACAGUGUCUGGGAGGGUUCCCUGGAGGGGUACACCAAGGUGGGCGCUGACAGCACCAGGGAGGAGAGGGAGCGUUGGAUCCGGGCAAAGUAUGAACAGAAGCUGUUCCUUAUGGAUGUCCCCCAGUCGGACGUGCCCCUGGGGCAGCAGCUGCUUCGGGCUGUGGUGGAGGACGACCUGAGGCUGGUGGUGCUGCUGCUGGCCCACGGCACCAAGGAGGAGGUCAACGAGACGUACGGGGACGGGGACGGACGCACUGCCCUGCACCUGUCCUGCGCCAUGGCCAAUGUGGUCAUCACCCAGCUUCUCAUCUGGUAUGGUGUGGAUGUGAAGAGUCGGGACGCGCGCGGCCAGACGCCACUGUCCUGCGCCCGGCGGGCAGGAUGCCAGGAAUGUUCUGACAUCCUGCUCCAGCACGGCUGCCCCAAUGACCCCGUCAGCAGCCUGACCACACCCAACAUGAGCCGCAGAAACCCCGAUGUUAACCCUAACCCUAACGUCAACAAUAACAACGCCCUCGGUGAACUCAACCGCAGUGUCAGUAUCAUGUAGGACCAGGAGUGGAUCUGACCGGACUCACGGAUCACCAAGGCCCCUGAACAUACACAUACUGUGUCCCCAUAGAUUACCCAGUGAUCGUACUACUUUCCCAGUGUCCAGUCCUCAUUCUCCUCUUACUCUACUUCAUAUUGUGUAACCUAGACUGAGUAACUGACAGUGGAGUUUCUGUUGUUGUUGGCGCAACGGACAGGAUAGAGAUAUUCCACGACACUGAGAGAGGUGCUUACCUGGUGGAUAUUGUAUAUUGUAUUUGUUUUGUUGUUUUUCUCAUAUCAUCACCACAGAGGUGAAUCUCUGUCAGAAACGAUCAUGAUCAGCUUUAAAGCUUGUUAUUGUUAUUAAGCAUCAACCAAAUGAAUGGCUCAAGAUUUCUUUGUGUUUUUGGCAUUUACCUCUCCUCUCCCCACUUUGUACUAAAACAUUUCCUUUCAGGUCUUCAUCUGUUGGAGCCAGACUGGGUUUUUAUUCGACUGUUAUAUGAAAUGACUAAUUCCAUCCAUUCAUGCUUCCAUGCCUACAUGGAGAAAGAUAAACACCUUCGUAACAUUUUGCAUUAGAUACUCAAAAGGAACUGCUAUGUUGGAUGCACAGUGAUACCAUGCAUAGUCAGGUACCAUGGUAAGUGAUACCAUGCAUACAGGAAAGAAACUAUUACUAUCGAUAAUGUAAUAGAGUUUACGACAGGUCCUCCAUAAUCCAUGUCCCACCAAUAUCACAAUUAUUAAGGUUCAAUUUGACUUAGUUAUUAUUGGUACUAUUAAGCUAUCAAACUCUUGACAUGCCAUUCGUGUACAAAAGCAUGUCUAGAUGGAAGAUCAAAAAUGAUUUAAAUACUUUACUUAGGGGCAAAAGGUUUAAACCACAAUUUGAGAUUUAAGAAAUGAUUGCACAAUGGGAGAGUUUGGGGAGAUAGUAAAGUGAUUUAAUUUGUUGCCCUUGCAAAUCAUCCAUUAUUAUAAGGGAAUUGAUGGGUCUGUUUUUUGAGCACCGGGCCAAAUGUUUUUUUGUAAAGAUUCCUCUUCAAUCAGAAAUCUUUCACAGGGAUGAUUGAAGGAAGGAAAUUGUAUCAUUAAGACAUCUUUGUUGGAGUAAUUUCUGAACAGGUUGAAGAGUGUUGAUAAUUACUUGACACAUCACAUAUCCUAAACCAAUCUUCUAACUACUACAGGCGUAAUGGAAUAUCUGUACACCUCCUGUGGCCAAAGGCCCUGUAUAUUGGUACUCAUGAUACUAUUUCUUCUGUUGUUGCUGUGAACAAUGUGGUACGUGUGUGUGCUUAUGUAUGAGUGUGUGAGUGAAAGAGAAAGAGAGCAAGCAACUGAGUAAAUCUGUGGGAGGAAAGGUUAACAUUUAUAGUUGUUUGACUAAAAUAUGUUUUCAAGUGUACAGACCUAAAGUAGCUCUUUCUCCUAUAAGAUUUAUCCUGAAACAUUGUGGAUUAACUUUGACUUCUGGAGUCGUAAUUUCCUCUCCAACUGACUUUAACUGACCAUCCUUACUCAAUGGACCUAACCAAGUUCAUUCAAGUGUCAAACUGUUGAGAUGGCGACUGAACGGGUCAAGAUGAUGGAUGAAGAGAAAAGCUGCGAUGACUUGAGACACUAUGGUAAUUCUUCAUGAUAAUAUCACAUGUAUAUAUCAGUACUGGGACAAGACAAGAUAAAGGAGGAAGGGCUUUGACCACAGGAAUAUUCAAGUGAUAUUGGUAUAAAGUCUAUAGAGACAUGUAUUUUUCCUCGCACUUCCACUGUUUUAAGGAUUGAAGUUAAAACCCUGUUUUUUGGUUUUACUAUGGCAGUGUUUAUGUUUACAGGGCAAAGGCUCUUCAUAUUAACCCUGGUACUUUAUCUACAUGGUUUUGUUGAUUCCCAGCAGGCAUAACUGGUUGGAAUUAUAUCAGUAUAACCAUAUUACAAUCUGGUUGUAAACUGGUUGGAAUGACAUCAUUUAAACCAGCUUUGCUCGGUGUAUUCCCCCUGUAUUUGUAGUUUAUUGAAGCUCACAGAAUAUCAAUGGGGCUCCCGAGUAGCGCAGUGGUCUAAGGCACUGCAUCUCAGUGCACGAUGCAUCACUACAGUCCCUGGUUCGAUUCCAGGCUGUAUCACAUCCGACCGUGAUUGGGAGUCCCAUAGGGCGGCGCACAAUUGGCCCAGCAUCGUCUGGGUUUGGCCGGGGUAGGCCAUCAUUGUAAAUAAUAAUUUGUUCUUAACUGACUUGCCUAGUUAAAUAAAUAACCAAAAUACAUUUUGACUGAUGGUCAACAGAGCUUGUAGACAGCCUUAAGUUAUAACGGUACAUUGACAAGUUGUUUUUUUCCUUAGGUGUACAGUAUGUGUAUAAACCACCAUGGCACCAGCUUAAUUAAAUACAUUCUUGAGUAAAUUUCCAAGUAUGUCUGAUAUACGGUAGUAGAUUAUUUCUUAUAGGAGUUUACGGUAUAUACUUACCUGAUGCCAUAGUACCUUUUUCACCCUUGUAAUAUUUCCCUUCCCCACUGCUCUUAAUGUUGCCUGACUAUAACCAUUAUUCAUUCUAAGCAAAGUGUUUUCCCCCAAAGACAGGCUGUUCUGACAUGGCACCCUAUUCCCUAAAUAGUGCACUAUUUUUGAUCAGAGCUCAAUGCGUGACCUGGUCAAAAGUAGUGCACUAUAAGGGAGAAGGUUAAUUACCAUUUCGGACACACCCAGGAUGUACUGUAGAUAUGGGUCCAAGAUCCUCUAUGACCAGACAAGCUUCCAGACAAACAAUUGAAAAGAUUUGAGUUUCCGGUCACUCUUUUUGACAUGUCAACCCUAUUUUUAUAUCUUGUUAAAUUUUUCCUCUUUGUUUUUAAGCAUAUUUUUAGGUACUUUGGUCUCAAUGUAUCGACAUUAUCUGACCAUUUGAGGUACUCUGUGUAUAAUGAUGUACAUUUGACAUAUUUAUAAUGCAGUAUGUAAAUAUGGUUUUGUUUUUUCGGUAAAUUUUCCCCCAAUUUUUUUUCUCUGUUUACGUUUAGAACGUGAAACAAAGGUUAAAGCUAAAGGGUUACCUGCAGCGUGAUUGGACGCUUGGAUGACUGUUGAACUAUUCAAACCCUCCAAUAAAACAAAUGUAGCCUUUCCUGGAUUUGGGAAAUAACAAAAAAGAUGAAA